AAUAUGACUCACAAGCUGAAGCCAUAUGAUCUUACAAACCUGCUCCUGAAGUCCAACUUCGAGUUUUCAUGGGGAUUGGGCAAAGACCGUCUUGUAAAAUUCGACAUCUUUGUAAAUGAGCUCAAAUCAAAGUUUUGUGUCGUAGACUGGGGUCAAUGUAAUGAGGCUAAUACAAACCAAGAAACAGAGAAAGCAAAGAUUGAACUCAUGUCCCUUUGUGCCGGACCUCAGCUCAGGGACAUCAUAAACUCACUGAUCAGUGACAAACCUAUCCUGUUUGAGGAAAUGAUAAAACUAAUUAGGAACAAAUUAAUGAAAGACACGCCACCAUUAUUACUGCUUGCCACCCUGUUGUCAGAGUCACAGGGCUAUGCUGAAUCAUUUGAAGAUUAUCACAACCGUGUUCAAGUGUCGGCUAACAAAAUUGACUGGGAUUCAUUCACUCCUGAAAACAUAAAGAAGGCUCUUAUUGCCACCACGUUUGCAAGCCGAUCCCUUAACCCAUUUGUAAAGGGGCAUUGUCUGGCAGUACGAGAUAUGAGCUCUAUAAACUUGCAGGAUAUAUUAAACACAGCACAUGAAUAUGAGGAGAAGAAUCCUGCUCCAGCUUCUUUUCCGCAGGUGGGGAACUCUGGCUCACUAUUUGGCAGUGCUCCAAGUGGAGCACAAGGUGGGUUGUUUGGUGCAGCGCCCACUGGUAAUGGAGGUGGUAUGUUUGGUGCAGCACCCACUGGUAAUGGAGGUGGUGGUAUGUUUGGUGCAGCACCCACUGGAAAUGGGGGUGAUAUGUUCGGUGCAGCGGCCACUGGUAAUGGGGGUGGGUUGUUUGGUGCAGCGCCCACUAAAAAGGUGUUGUUUAAAGAAGGUAAGGAGCCAAAACUUAGAACUGCUAAGUCUGUUAAAUGUACACAUAAUUACAGAUAUGAUAAGGAUGGUAAUCUUGACCCAAGUUCAAGUAAUACUGGCUCUUUUCGAGGCUCUUUGUUUGAUGGUUCAGCACCUAAACCCCAUGGAGGCACUUCCCUUUUUGGGUCCAGCCCAGUGAUGUGCCAGGUUGGACCCCACCCAGGUGGGAAUGAUGCUCCUAGCAGGAACAGUGCUCAUAGUGGGAAUGGUGCUUCUGGCGGGAACAGUGCUUCUGGCGGAGGGUUUGGAAUACCACUCACACCAUUCAAUAGUGGUAUGUUUCAAGGGGGCUUUAAUAACAAUAUCUUCAUGUCUGAUGGAAAUGGUGCAAAAGAAGAAGAAGCAGCGGUCAGUCAGCCUAGUACAGAGGGUGAGAGGCAGAGUUCUGAUGCAGGUCCUUCUGACAAGGCGCCCUAGAAAUCCUCAGCUUUGACAAAAGACACUUUUUUUGAGAAAUAUAUAACAUAUACCUUUAUUCAAAUCAAAAAUAGAACAUAAUUGAACAUCUUAAAGAUCUGAUUUAAAGUAGCCUAUAUAAAAAAUAAUAUGGAUACAUUUAAUAGUAAAACAUUUUAUUCCAUUCUGCUCUAUCAGAGGUUAAAAUUAUUAAACUGUAAAAAUCGUUUGUAUUUACUCUUUUUUGAAAAAAAGACAAUUUUAUUAUUUAUCACCGAUCACUCAAUUAAUAUAAUAUCCAAAUAAUUUGUUCUCUACCAUUGAAGAAGAAAAAAAGAUUGUAGGGGACAAGUAAUCGGGUUUGGGUACCGACAUCCAGAAAGACGGCGGAUAAUCUGCAAGGAAGUUUUGGAUCUUGGAGAAAAUAUGGUGCCAAAGAGGAAAUUUUUAGAAGACCUGACUUUUCAAAGCAUAAGAAAGUUUUUAGGGGAAACAUUGAUCUGAUAAUUCUUGUUUUUAAAAAUUAAUUUUAAAAUUUUAAUUUAUUAAGGGUACUUGCCACAGCUACUGAGUAUUGGUGUCCUGGUGUGUCAUUAUUUAUCGAAUUUAUCCAUUUUAUGAUUUGUAUAUGUAGAUAUGUAGAUUUGUAGGCUGAAAACAAUAUUGGGAUUGGCAUCCCUACUUAUCGUUUAGAUGUUUUAACAUUUCUGAUCCUGAGAUAUUAUUUCACUCGCUAAUUCUUCAAUGUUAGGUUUUACUAUUACUGUAGUAGCAGUGUGUAGUUGAGUUUUGUUUACGAAGUUGUGUUCUUUAAAUUUUAAAUUGUGUACUGUUUGUUUUAGAAAUAUUUGAUUUACAUUUU